AUGGAUACCUCCUCUGUUCCUCUGCUCGACUACAACCUGCAAUACCAGUGGUCCUCUGACACGGACCUUUCCAGCAUUUCGUCACCAGAGACGCUCUCGCCAGUCCUGUCCAUGGACUCCAGCCUCUCCCCCAACUACCAGCAGCCUCCACAGUCCACUCCCAAAGCAGUCAAGUGCCUCAAGUCCUCACCUUGCUCCCUGCCUGGACGAGGCCGGAAGACGGGUCGGAACACCCGGAUUCGCAGCAAGCAGAGGGAGAGCGCCAGUGAGAAGGAGAAGCUGAGAAUGAGGGAUUUGACCAAAGCUCUGCACCACCUCAGAUCCUACCUCCCACCUUCAGUCGCACCCGUCGGGCAGACUCUGACGAAGAUAGAGACGCUCCGUCUCACCAUACGCUACAUCUCCUACCUGUCAGCUCAGCUGGGCCUGAGUGAGGAGGUGCUAUUUCAGAGGAGGGAACAAGUGGACACCUCAGCCAGUGACGCGUCCUCUCCUGAUCUCACUAGCUACUUUCAAAACUCCUCCGCUGGAGAGCACAUGCAGAACCAGAACCCAUACCAAGGCCUGUGUUACAGCCAGAACAGACCACUGCAUUCUGGGCAUUGUAGUUUUGGAGUGAAUCAGUUGAGAAUGCAGUACGCUGAAGGCCCUCAGGGAGACAUGAGCAUGGAUGCAGGUCUGCAGUCACCUCCAGCAUCCCAGCCCUCUUGUCAGAUGUGUGGUAAAGACUUCUGCAUCCCACUUGUUCCAAGAGACUACUGGGGCUGA